GGUAGACGGUUGGGACAAGUUAACCGAGAAGGUAGUAGAGGUCAAACCCACCAUUAGUUUCAAGGCGUCAUAUUAAAAAAAAUAAUUACUGGGAGGAGUCUUAGAAGAUUGUAAAGAAAAAGACAAACUUAGAAAUAACUCUGAUUAGAAACAUGUAGAGGCUUCUCAUUGGAAUAAGAAAAGAAAGAAUAAAUUCCAUCCAUAAAAAUGACAACAGAGAAGACCCUCAAAAUUAUAAACCUAACCACUUCUUCAAAAAAUCAAAUGUAACAUGAACAAGGACCAACAGUAUAGCUCAACAAGCCAUAAUGAAAGUGAAGGACAAGAGAUGCUUUUUCACCCUUAAGGGUUUAAUCCCAUGGAACUGCCUACCUGCUGGAGUAGUAAAUGUCAAAACAUUGCUGCAACUUAGUAUUCAACUUGAUAAAAUCAAGACAAAUUUGGGAGACCUCGACCUCGGCUUCCUGUCCUCAUCAAGGCCACUAGAGAUAUGGCAACCCUCAGAUUGUGCAUUCAGACUAGGAAUAUUCUUCAGUGGGCCAUCUGAAACACAAUCAAGGGAAUCAAAUAAGCAACAGGCAGCACAUCCAAACAGAGGAAGUAACUAUACUCAAAAACACUCAUUCUCAAAGGACACCCUUCUAAUUAAGAAAAUGAGUGAUGAUCCUCCACCCUACUCCAAAUCACCAUUUCCCUAUUCCAAGUUAGUAGAAGAAUCAGCACCACCUGAAGAUGAAUUAUGCAUGAUGCCACCCUCUCAGCCUCCAUCAGCAACUGAGUUCCACCACCAUCACCACCACCACCAUGAACAACCACCACCACCACCCCAAAAUUACUUGCCCACACCCCAACAGGAUUCAUACCCCCAGCAACCUUCUGCACCUGUUAUCAAUGUGUUCCAGCAGCCUCAACCAGCAGUGGGAUUGGUGGUGGCCACUGCUGGUGUGCCCCCUGGAAUCUGCACCGUCUGCAGGAUUGGCAAGAUUAAAAAUACUGCAUCAUUUUGGUCAUGGGUUUGCUGCAUCUGCUGCCUCCCCUUUGGCAUCAUCCCAGGCAUCAUUGCUUUCUACUAUGUGAAUCGUAAGCCCAAGUGCAAUAACUGUGGUUUCACAAUCUAGAGACACUGCUUACUGCUUAGACCCUGUGUCUACUGAUGGGGCUAUCCACAUGCUACUGGGAUCAUCAAUACCUUCUGCUACUGAAUAUUGCCAUACUGGUAAUGCUGAUGUAACAGCUUAAGUGGUUGGAAAUAAUGCUUCUUUGCUAACCUAAGCCUCACUUAACUAAAAUUAAAAAUUUUGUUACUAUCAGUUAUCCAAGUAGGGCCGAUACUCAUAAUUUUCGUAAAAAUUUUCUUUUUAUUAGUGGUUUCGCGAGAUAUUUUACAAAUGAAUUUGAAUAUUGACUUAAAACUAAAUUAAUUCUUUCAUGGGAAGGAAAUGAACACAAGUAAUCUCAUGACGGCCAUUAAGCCCGAUCACUAAGAGCAGCCCUGAUGCUAGGGCAUGUUCCCAGUAAUCAUUGUUAAAGAGAGCCAUUGCUUUUCUUUUUCUCAAAUACAGUACCUCUUAAGACAGUAAAUGUGAAUCGCUUUUAAAUUGAAGUUGUAGCUUUGUCUUAAGAGGGUAUGCAUGUCAUAAUUAUAAUAUCUUUGUGACCAAUUUUAUGGCACCUUAAAAAUCCUUCUAAUUUAUAUUACAAAUCUUUAGUGAUUCAAGUUUUUGGUAGUUCAAAAUUAAAAUUUUCAUCAUUGAGAAUUAUCAUGCCUAUGUCUACUAUGACAUUAAUAUUAUUACAGUAUUAUUAUAUUACUUUAAAUAAUUAUCUUUUUACAUUAUUAUUAAUAGUAUUACAUUUUAUUACUACAGUGGUACCUCUGUUUUCGAAUUUAAUCCGUCGCCAGAAAUGGUUCAAAUAUUUAAACAAAUUUACCCAUAAGAAAUAAUGUAAAUUGAAUUAUCCAUUACACACUCCCAAAAAUAUUAACUUAAAAAUACACUUUAUACAUACAAUACUAGUACUUAUAUUUUGUACUACAGUAUGUACAAGUAUAUCUUACCUUUAUUCAGGACUCUUGUUGGCAUAUGGAAGACAGUGAGGAAGGGUGAAGGAGUAAAGGU